AUGGCUCUUUGUGGUACCGCAAGGACCAUCAAGAGCGUCUUCGAAUGGGCGUCGCUCUCAUUCCUACGUCCAGCCCGGCUCCCAUCUGACAGCCACAGCUUGAAUGCUGCCCCUACCCGGAGGUUUACCACAAGCAGCAGGCGGUCAUCGGAAUAUGGAUAUCGCGACAAGAAGAGCGGCAGCCAGUCAGAAGGCCCUGCUAAGGAGAAACUUCGGCUUGUUUCCUUCAGGAUGAACGCAGCCCAGGCAGAAGAGGUCUUUGGGAAUUAUCACGGACAUAGUUUCUUCUCUGCCAAGAUCAAUCAGGUCAACAAGAUCGAGGCUCUCUAUCUCCCCUUCUGGGCCGCCAGUGGAUCCGUCCGAUCCAAGAUCAUCAAUGCCCAGGUUGGGUGGGAUCGUGUUGUCACGCGCUACAACAAAGUCACCAAGCAGAACGAAUCGUCCUGGGAGACAACCUGGAGAUCGGUCCAGACCCGCCACGAAUUCUCAAACACCUACCCAAGCACCCUUCCCGAACUCCAGGUCUAUGCCUCAUACAAGUAUCGCCGUGGAUUUGUGAAUCAGAUUAGGAGCAGUUCCAGCAUUCUUUCUGCCAAGACCCUUACCCCACAAGACAUGGAAUCGACGGAUCUAGAGGACCAAAAGCGAGGACUACGAAACCGUGGACUGGAUCCUUUCACCAUGAAACCCAUCAUCGCCCUCAAAUUCAUCAAAACAGCAAUCGAGGAGAACGAAGUCCGAACUGCAGAACAGUGGCUAGUGGAAGCAUACAAGUGCGAUCGUGCCAGGAUUAUGUCAAUGGACUUUGAGUAUAACCAGCUUGUGCUGGCACCUGUGUACAUGCCUGUGUAUGUAUUCUCGAUUCGCCAUCUGGACAGGACUUUUCGAACAUUUGUACAGGCGCAUGACGCUGCAGGACUGGUCGGAGGCCUACGGUUCUACUCUUGGCAACGCGUGAGUGCCGUGACAGCCGUCGCCGCUGCGACAGGACUUUUGCUGCUGGGAACCUCGCGCUUUGGAAUGACAAUGACUAGCGGUUUUUGGCUGGGAGUGGUCGCUCCUACAUUUAUUGUGGCAUGGUCUGUCCUCUACUACCCCAUAAUGGAUUACCGCAUCAGAGACUGGUGGCGUCAAAGGGAAAUGGACGGACAUGAACCAGAAGCAUCAUCGACAUCUUGGGACGCGGAUUGGACUAAGGCAUACGACAGGUUUGAAGAAGAGCAGCGACGACAGGACUGGAGCGAGAACCAACAAUACCAGCAGCAAUCUUCAUAUGGCUCGCGUUCAUCUCAGUCUUCUGAGCAAAGAGGUCCUUCUAGAGACCCCAUGGGUUACUAUGCAGUCCUUGGUGUCCCGAAGGAUGCCUCCGUCCAGGAGAUUCAGUCUGCUUUCAGAGGACUGGCCAUGAAAUGGCAUCCGGACAGAUUCUCAACUCCAGAGGAUAAGGCCAAAGGCAAGAAAAAGUUUCAGGAGAUCACCGCCGCCUACAGUGUUCUUCGCGAUGAGGACUCGUCAGACGACUCGGCCAACGCCAUAGAGGAACAAACCCCUACUCCCACCCAACCCACACAUGUCAUUCAAGAAGCAGGCCCAAGGCCGAAUCGAAGCCUGAGCAACGCGACCCAACCCAACUUCCCAUUCAAAUCAUUCGCCACCUCCUACUCUUCAUCCGCCUCGUCGUCGUCAUCUUCUACACCGUCACUCUCCCCCAGGGCAACAUCGCCCAAAGGAUCCUCAGCCAAAGCAACCUCACCCAAGAAACCCGGCGCCCAACCUCCCCUAAAUGCCAAUGGCCCGCCAGAACAACAGCGAAGCACCUCCAUCCUCAAAACGCCAGUGAAACUUCCAACGCCGCUUACUGAAGAUGCUAGGAGCAUAGCCGUCGCUAUUGAGGAUCAGGAAAUGCUGUCGAGGUCCGACCUCGAAGAGGCCCUCCUGAGGAACCUCUUCUCCUCUGUCACAUCCCUAGACUCAGAGAAUCUCUCUGUACUGUAUGGCUCAUCGGACAAGCAUCUUCCGUGGACGGAUACGACACAGCAACACCCACUCGAGACGAUGCGAUUUGUGCCUCAGACCCGCGUCUUCUACAUCAACAAGAAGUAUCGCUCUGUAUUCAUGGUCGACGUCAGCUCCUCGGUCCUCACUGUGGAUUCCGGGGGAACAAAGAUCGUCAUGGGCCAAGUCAUGGACACACUUACAAAGUGUUUGACGGGGCUUUCAGAGCGGUUUUCGUGUCCGGGAAUGAAGCAGGACUUUGUCCAGUCCGAGAUCCACAUCACGGUCAUUGCCGAGUGUUCUCAAUUUGCCAGUAACUUGCACACAGGAGAGAUUCUCGCCAACUUUCCCACAAUGAAGGUGCUGCUGCAGGAUGUCGUUCUGACGGAAUCCAACAUUCACAGUGUGCUCAAGGUUCUCAGGAUACAGCUUGCCAAAUUUCAGGCAAAACUUUCUCGAUUCCGAGGUGAGCUUCGGCGAACGCGAGAGACCCUGGGAUACUCGCUGGCGGUGGAGGAGGCUGUCGAUGAUGUCAACACAGAGCUGGAUCUCGAGGACGACAUCACUCAACGGAAAUCUUGGGGUGUCGGAUUGUCGGGCGCCAAUUUGUCGUACACGCUGACGGCUGGUCUGUUUGCGCUGAGCUUGAUGCCGACGUCAGCAUCCCCGUCACUGGUGGUCGUGACAGAUGGUGUUGUAAAGUCAAACUUACUCCACGGGAGCACCGUUCUGCGGCGACUGAUGGAAUUAGAUGUAUCCUGCUCCAUCAUCCAGCUUGGAAACCGGGACGACGCCAUUCCAAGCUGCAACUGGGGAUUUAUCCAGGACACAGAGGCCCUACGAUUCGUGACCGACGCGACACUUGGCAAGUUUAUGUACUCUCAGGAUUGCAUCUCGACGGACGCAAUCAAGGCUAGCCAGAACCCGCCCACAGGGAGAAUGGCGCCGAAUAUGUAUCACCGCGCGUUUUUGAUCCGGGAGCUCUGUCUGCUGAAGCCUCGACCAGGACUCGAUGAUUUCGAGGACAAGGACGACUCACCAGGAUACUCCCUUGCCAAUUUUCCCUGGGACCCCAAGAGCAUUCCGGAACCAAUCAAGAUGAUGCAGACGGCUUGCAAAGACUACCAUCUCAAUAUACCCGUCGAGCUGCUGGUGGCUGCUCGAAUCAGACAAGGCUUCAGGAUCAAGGGCGUCUCCAUAGGACCGGAUCGGGAUCGGGGCUCCUCAGAGCGUUACAUGAUCACAAUGACUCUUGCCUGGCUUCCAAACGUCACCGUGCAGUACCGACUGAAGGGACAAGUGUCGGGCGACAACAGCCACAGCUAUUUCAGUCGAUUUGAGUCACCCAUGGUCGAGAUUGACAUUAUCGCCUACCAAGCCUUCGCCAUCCACUUUUUGAACUCUCAGCAUGCGCCCGUCAACGCCAGCCAUUCGGUCUACGCCAAGGUGUUCAGGAUUCAUCGGUACAUUGUGGGCCUCAGCGAUUCGGACGUGGCAUUGCGAGGACUGAACAACUCUCACGCCUCCGCCAACCAAGCACUAUGGACGCAGCGUGCGAAAAUCAAAGAGCGCACCAAGACGACCAACACGAUAGGAACUACCGGUGCGGAGCGAGACAAGGAGGAGCUUACGGCGUACUUAUCGCGACUCUCGGAACAGUGGUCUGGGUUGGCCAAGGACGCCGAUUAUCAGUACAGUCGAGGCUGGUACAACGAACACGAGUUUGAAGCCAUGUUGGUCGUCCCACCCCCAGCCUUCCUACCCACAUCUAUGGAUACCAAGAACUCUCUCGUCAAGUACAGCGAGGGACUCGAGACGACUGUCCAAGGAAUCCAGGAAUACAUCAAGAGCAAUUGGGCAUCAUUUAUUGUCGGAGACGUCUUUGUCCAGACAUACCAGUCUCCGGAGUCUGGACCCACCACGACGACAAGUGCUCGGUUCUGCGAACUGCGACUCUUUACGGAACCCAACGUCGCCAUUUUACGAGUUCAGCUUCGAUUCUUUGGCGUCUCGCUCUCCCAACGACAAACGAUAGCCAAGGAUCUCAAGACCAACAUCUACAACUUCCAGGCUAAGCAGAAUCCCGGGACGAGCUCCAAGACCGAAUCCGAGGUCGUUCAAGCCCGCGUUCUUCAAUGCAAACGGCCCAUGUAUCGACUGUUGAUGCGACAUGUGAUUUACGAAGCACCACUGAGUCGCAAGCCCGAGACCAACCUUACUGACUUUCAUACCCACGUCUCCGAGCCCAUUGGAAAGGAAUCGGUGAUGCGGUCCUACCUUGUCCAUAAGCACUGGGGAUGGAAGGAUCAAGUACGGGACUCGGUCUACCUUGCCGAGAACAGUUACAUGGCCAGUCAGGAUCUAGCGUUCCAGUAUUUGUGCGCACAGCGCAUGGGCGAGGGGUUCUACCUGGCAUCGUGCCUUCCAAACCGAGUGGUGUUCUACAAAGAGGUCGAGCUGCCCCAGUUGGAAGGGUCUCUUAUCAGCGGCACCAGGACAGUCCAGUACCUUAUCUUCAGAAGCCCCGUCUCAGGAGAGCUCGUUACCGAACUCUGGAUGGAACCUACCGUCGAUGCUAACCGUUACAGCUUAUUCGAAAAGUUGAAGGCAGAGAUUAUCGCUGUCGAUCGGUUCAUUCUUUCACGCCUGGCAACCUACGAGGCCAUUCACACUAUCGGACGGCUCCGCCUCAGGCCAGAGGUGCAACCGCAACCACAAGACCGCGACUUUAUGUAUCCUUGGCUCUUUGACCCCGCGACCCUCCUACGCCAACAGCGACUUGUCACUCUGUCCUUUGAGGCUCCGCAGAGAUGCUGUACAACAGGAGACGAGCACGAGAAGGAAGGCGUUUCUCAUAGGAAGUGUCUCCACACCUUGGGUCUUGGUGUUUCGACUGGACCUGAAAUUGCCCCGACAACCUUACAGGUGGCAGGGAGUGGACACCGAGAGCUCUAUUUGACGAGGAAUGCGAACGCGAGUACGACGAGUUUGAGCCAGUCACUGUUGGAUGCGGAGUCGGCGCCAUCGAGCGAGAACGAGUUGGUUCUCGAGUACAAGGAUCAGCUUCGGGAGCUCUGCUGCACGGACAGGGACUUGGCGAUUCUGCAUUUGUUCAUGGAGAAGUCACUCUCCCAGCUGGCGGACGGCGAGAUUAUGGCGGGAGGAGAGGACGAUGCUUGCAACGAGUUCUUCUUGGACAUCAAGACGUCGAUAAAACGCAACGCUGAGGUCCGGCAGGCACUGAUGACCUUCCACUGCGCCAACUCUUUCCAGGAUAUCCGCUGCUUCGUCAAGAGCGUCAAUGCCAAGUUCUUCCGACUCAUCAUCGUACCAAAACUCGGAUCCGUCAUUUCACACCUGACGAAGCUGCGAUCUUUGGCGCCUAGGGAGAAUGAGGCUCGUUCGGAACAUGCCCGCCGUGAAUUUUUGAGCUGUCUCAUGUUUGAAUGUCUCCGGAGCAAGCCAUUGGCAGACGUGUCGGAAUACAAUGCCAAUACCCUCGACCAGAGCCAGGCCCUCUUUGAACUCCAUCCGGUGUCUCUAGGGCCUUUAGUUUCUCAGACGCCGCUGCUACUUCAACCGGUGGUGAAUGAGGAUCAAGGAAAGGCCAGAGUUCAAGAGUCGACCAUGCAACUGAUUCGAUCCAUCAGCCAGGCUUACUCCCACAGCUUUGCAAAAGCCAUCUACACAUCUCUGCUCGAGGGACAUCCUAUCGACCACGCGGACUUGAAGAAGGCCAGCCAGAUUUGCACCAAGAACACUGUCGACAUCAACAUCACAGGUUUCAUCAACACUCUGGAACAAGGACGACGCCUCGGAGUACUGAGGGAUGACUCUCCAGAGCUGAAGGCACGCUUUUUGGAUGUCCUCAAGCACUCCUUCGAACUGGCACCAGGAACAGGAUCCGACAGGAUGUAUUUCUACCGACCUGCAGUGAGGAGGGCCGGACCCAAACUGGUCAAGCCCAAGACCAGGAAGAGAUCCCCCAGUGUCUCAAGAGCUGGAUCGAUCGACGCUGAUAUGGAGGACGCUCUUGGAGAAGUCAUUGAGUAUGCUGAGCGGCCCAUGUUCCUGCAUCUGGAGUGUUCUUUCCAAAAACCUCUGACGCAGCCUGCUGACUUGGAGUACGCCAACCUGAAGUCAUCGGUGACUUUCCCAGUCUCGGACAUUCCGGUGUCGUACGUCUACCAGGACAAUGGCGCCCGCCCAAGCGACUAUGCUCCCUCAAGCAUCGGCUUUGACUCGCGGCCUGUCGACUCUGCUGACGGCACUGUGGCAAUUCUUCACCUUGUCAUUUCGACCUUGCCAAUGGCGGAGGAUUACGCUGGACCUACUCUGAAAACUAUCGACUCGGAAUCCAAGAUCAGCAUCGACAACAACCCGGUUACCGGACCUCGGGCUCUCCAACACAUUUUCCCGUCUCUGGACGCCACGCAGGUGGAGGCUAUCGCGGAUGCAGAGGCGAGGUUGGAGUGGCUGGUCAAGGAGGAGAUCAUGCAUGGCUUGCUGAACAUGACCCCUGUCACAGUCGACAUGCUGGAUCUUGUUGAGACGCAGUUGAAGACCAAGAGCAACUUUGUGACAUUCCCUACAGCGAUGACCCUGCCGCUGACGUUCGUCAAGAAGAGACGCGGACACGAGAUUUUCAUGCAGGAACUUGCGAGAGCCGACAUGCACCCAUACGAGCUCUAUCAAGUCGGGUCGUACUUUUACUUGACGGAGGGCGCCGAUGAGAUGACUGGUUCUGACGGUUCUGAGGGUCAGGGGGUGGUUCAAUCGGAGGAUCCUGACUCUGAGGUCAAUCAGGAUGGACAAAUUGAGGAUUUGCCUUCGCUUUCUAGCAGCUUAAAGAAAGACUCUACCCUUCCAGCAUCGGACGACCUGUGCCAUGGCCUAGGGAUCGUGAUACUACCGACACCCAAGCCGGCUCACGAGUCAUCAUCUAACCGAAAGAGCCAUGGCAACGGAGGCGCGUCGAGUAGGAAGCGCGAGUUUUGGUUGAUUUUGGUGCCCAAUGAUACCUAUGUCCAGGUCUACUUCUUCUCCAAGUCUCUCUCGGAGGAAGCGUGCAACACAAUCCUGAGCCGGGUCCGAAAGGCAGUCGACGAGCUUUGUGUCAAGGUCAACCAGCUGACAUUGCUUCAGUCAUUGAAUGAAACCAGGAACUGCAGCAAGUACCUCGUGCCCAACGACAGCGCCGACCCCAAUGCAGAUUCAGAGUCUGGCUCCGACUCUGAUAUGGUGUCUCAGGAUGACGACGAUGAUCAUGACGUGCUUGUCACAGGCGGGUCGCGUCCCAGAGACGAUGGACUUUCUCCGCGGAAAUUCAACCCUGGUGAAUUUGCCUGUCCUUUGGUCUACCGUGUCGCUUGGCCACUGCAUUGGCGUGUCAAGCCUGGCCAAGCUACAAAGAGCGUUGCGCAUUUGGUUCUGUAUCCCUUCGCAGUUCAGAACCGCAAGAACUUUUUCGUGGUGGAGAGCCAAGAUGACCAUGAUGACACCAAGAAGAUUGUCGUGUUUUUGAGGCUGAAUGAGGUGGAGGUUCAAGCACACCCGGAGCAGGACGCAAGCCUUGGCGCAGACGAGUCCAAGGGCUCCCAUUUGGCUGUCGGCAAGGUAGAUGACUCUUCGACAAUUGUAUCAUCGUCCAAUCAGACCCUCGAUGACUCCGGGUCUCAUGUCAACAGUCCUCGUCCAUCGCCCACUGCCUCGCCGGGCUCAAGAACCCCAGCUCCUCCAGCCAUCAAGACUGACACUAGGGAGCUGGUGAUUGAGGUCUACGGAGUGGAACCGCCAGGCAAACAAGUGACCGUUGACCUGUUCUCUCUUCUCGAGAACAAGUUCUACAACUCGGUUGUACUUUCUGUCGUUUCGACGUUCCUCUCCCGUAACUCGACACUGAAACUCUCUCAAGCGGACGUUGACUUCAUUCUUCCAGUGGACCGAUUCCCGCCGACAAGGCAGCUGGUUGAGAUUCCGCAGUUCAUCAACGCCCCUUACGCGUUCUUGAUGUAUCUCAAGCAGAAUCUGUCGUUGUACCUCAAUCCCCUGACUGGAGCAGACAAAGUCAACGCUCUGACACGAUACUACAAUUCCCGCUACGGACGCCUGUCAUCCAGCGAUAGGUUCCACGACCGAAGUCGUUCCCAUCAACUGCAGAUUGGGGAUUUUGCGUUCUUCUACAACAGCGUCCAAGGUCGUUCCCAAACCCCUAUUGAGGCUCAAGUGGGAAUUGGACUUGCUGGUGUUUGCCUGACUGUACUCGGUCGCGAUCUCAAGCCAGUCUUUGAGGUUGGAUAUCAGGAGGGCGAUCACGACAAGGAGGACAUCAGGAACUACUUCGACUCUUUCCCGAACUCCAGCGGACUUAAGCCCUCAACCUACAGCCUGGUGAUCGAAGUUUGGGCGCAGGGAUCGGUCAAUGCUGGAGCGUUGGUGGACGCCAUUUGCCAGAGCUUCCGUCAAAGCUUGUGCGACGACAUCAUUGAGACCUCGAUUGCCCAAGGUCUCUGUCCCAGCGCCCGCGAUAGGAGGAGCGAUGUCUACGACAUUGACGGCGAACCGCUCAUUGGAGAACGUAUUCAAAAGAACUUCAUCGACCCUUCGUUCCUUGUCCUGGAGAACGCGUACCAGUGGAAGAACCCUGCUGUCCAAUCUCUUGCACUGAAGUACUCCAUGCCGCCUUGGAUCAUGGACUCGUUCUUGCUUGAGCUGGAUGAGAUCCUUACAGAUGUGAGUGUUCAUUUCUCGCCGUUGUUGAUCCGGUCCAUGGCAGAGACGAAUAGAUACAAGGAGUACCGUGCUUCGAGCGGGACACGAAAGUCAUUUGGCGACAUGACCAACGUCCGCUUUGUGAUUAUCGGCGGUAUUCAGGACCUUAACGACGGCUCGAGCUCCAACUACUACGGACGACGGACAAGUAUGGGAAGCGACCGCACCCACUCCCGACGGAGCUCCCUUGCUGAAGGCCAGAGUCUGCACCACUCCCACAAGACAUCGACCCACUCUUCGCAACAACUCCCGAAGCGCCAGCUCGAGGACAUCAAGAUGUAUCCCAACGCCAUCACGACGAGCGGUCAAGAAGAGACUAUGCUCACUCGAAACUGUUUCGUCAUGAUUACGGCCAACGGCUUUGGACUCCAAGUAUACACCUACAAUUGGGGCAAGACCUACCACGAGUUCAUGUUCUCUGGCAUCGAGAAGGUCGUCAAGUGGCACAAGGACAGGAUGCGACUACUGGACAACGUGCUGCUCCAAAAGAUGGGUCUGUUUCACCAUGUGCCUUCGAUCCUCUCGACCUCAGCAGCGCCAUCCACAGCCCCUGCAACAGCUCAGAGCAGCUCCACAACCUCGUCGAACCUAAUUCAGGUCAUGCCUCGAACAGUUCCACAGGGCUCUCCUCAUCUGAGCUCGAACUUGCGAACCGGACAUACGGAAUCAAACACAAGCACACCCAACUUGGCAAAGACUUCGACCUCGCCAAAGUCGCUGUCUGCCGCAACAGUUCUAUCAGAUACCGUCAAUUUGGCCAGCCUCGUGGAAGACCAGUUCCCUAACCGAAUGCGUAACCUCCUUAUCGGAACAAGCCUCUACGGCAACGACGAUGGACGAGCAGAGCUUCCCAAGGCUUCUUCGAGCACACUGUCCCUAGUAGCUCGACCUAACCCGCCUCCUGCAUUGUCGCCGCAGUCUCACGUUCAGGUCCAGAGUCAAGCCCAAUCGGAGCAGAACUCGCCAACAGGAGGCAGCAUCGUCGCGACCGGACUCGAUGUCGAUCAGAUCUUGCGCGACUACUGCCUGGAGCCCCUCGAAACGCCCCGCGACGAGGAUCAAAUCCAGGACGAGGUCCAGCGACAUGGAAAGCCCUUCUUGGACACGUUCGCCUUCCACACCAAGAAUGCAGAGGACCAACAGAAUGCGUACAAUGUCUACCAGAAGUGGUCGAGGCGAUACCGCGAUAGGAAGGGAUCACCAAACGCGCUGCACGAGAACAUGAAUACGACUGAUCUGGCCAUCAUGCUGCGCUCCUCGAGACUCCUUCACUUUUGCAGGACGCCGCUCUUGUUUACAGAGUUUUCGUCCUCUUUGUUCCCUCAAGCUGACCCCUGCACUCUUGCAGGUGCUGGAUUGACCGGAAAGAUCGAUCCUCGAGCAGGAGAUGGAGCCAAGGAUGUGCCGGUGACUGACCCGAUUGCCCAGUGGUACAGUGCUCUGGCGGAGACGUUCAUGCAGGAGUAUAGCAAGUAUCUGGCAACGGUUGGGAUGCAGUUGCUGAUGUACGGCAACUCCAAGUUCGAUAAACCCGUGGAAGCGUCGCAGUCAGGAGAACUGUCGUUCAUGUCGCAGUUCACAGUUUCGCAAACGUUGUCGGUUCCCAGUCCGGCCGCCUUCCUCUUCAAGUCGCUGCAAGGAGGAUCAAUCAUGUGUGAGGUCAGACUUCAGGGCAUGUUUGUGUGUGUGACGCUCUACACUCUGAACAGACGCUACGGUCGCGUGAAGGUUGCCGCACCUGGAUUUGCCACGGCGGAGGCCAACAAGCAGAGUCUUCGGGUCUUCACGGAGCAGUGUGCGCGGUUCAAAGAUCGCAUUCACGUCAACAGCUUCGUGUACGACUUCCAUCUGCGAUAUAUCCACAGGAUCCUCAUGGAGUCGUCCAAGCUCGCCGUGCUUACACCCACAAGCGACGGUAUGGGCUUUUCGUCUGCGCCGGUGACUUCUCUGCCGUAUUCAUUCGAUCUGAUGGAUGUCCUGCACCAGUUCCUUCAGUACCACUCACGUCCAGCCGCGUAUGCCAGGAACCGGGUCUACCGUGGAGUCUACCGAACUAAUGUUGCCCCAGGCGAGACUGAGCUUCCUGGCCAUCUGUUCGACUAUGUGAUCAAGAAUCCGCAGAGAUAUGGAUUCCAGGCGAUCCAACACCAGAAUCGUCCUAAGGCGUGCUUCGUCUCUGGUCGCGAUCUUCUCUCAGGAUUUGGUGGCGCUGUGAGUCAAGGCGGUGUUGGCACGAAACCCGAGCAUCACAAGCGAGCAUCUGAGGCCCCUAAACAGGGUUUGAAGGGCUUUGGCGUCGGUGCCAGUCGAGGUGGUUUGUCCCCAAGUGCACCAACAACGUCUCAGAAAUCCUUUGGGCCCCAUACACGACAUGCCAGCCAUGAGAGUAGCCUGAACACCAAGCGUAUGUCUCGCCGUAUGACUACAAGUCGGUCGAGCUACAACUUGAAGGAGAACACAAUUCUGGAGGAUGAGGGCGUGGAGUAUGUCUUGGUGAUAUCAGAGGGCGAUCAGGAUAGCAUGGGUCUGACGGUGCACUACUACCUUCUUAUUCUGCGUGAGGAGGAGGUGGUCAAGAAGCUCGAGGAUGCCCAUGGACCACUUGUUGGAGCAAGGGACCGACUCUUGGCCGCAAGCCGUAGUUUACUGGUGAUGAGGGACAACGAUAACACCAACGUGAUGAAUCAUGGCCCUGAGGGCUCGCCAAACACAAUGGGCACCAGUCACCUUCAACCCGCUCAACCUGUUAGUGACGAGGACAAACCACCGUUGGAACCGCAACGCCAGUCGCUGAUCCGAUCAUUGCGCCGAAACUCUGACCAGGCCGACCUGACGUUCUCGCAGGACCACUUUAGCGGCGGCGAGCGACUCAUGGAUGCCACUGAACUGCAGGAGCGGAUCACGGAGCGAGCAGUCCUCGGGGAUGUUGUCCGUGCUGCUGAGGUGCGACUAGACAUGAUGUUGAAACAGGCGGCACAGUUCUUUGACCGAGAUUCGCUCUGGGAGAUGUUGGUGCAGGGCAAGAUUGGCAGUUCUGGAGUGGUGUUGACAGGUCCUCAGACACCUCUCAUCAGCGCCUCUCAUAUCAUCAACAGCCCUGCUACUAUCCUUUCAACAGACGCCCCCGACUACGUCUCUCACCGCCCGGCAACCCGCAACGAGAACACAGCCCACAACAAUAACAACUCGGAGCUUGGAUUUGCAGACUUUUUGGCGCUUGGCCAGCGAUUCCACAGCACCCCUCUGGAAGAAAUGGAACCAGAGUUCCGCGCCAUUGUCACUGCCCCAGGGAUCGAUUGGGGUCAUGUGCUCACAUUCCUGGGACGCUACUACGAGCGAUUGGCACGAGAGUUCAUGGAGUACGAUGAGACUGGAUCGCCUGGCCCUGCGGUUGCAUGUUUGAGACCGGGUCUGGACCAAGAGGCGCGUCGUCACAGACAUGACCUGGGGUCUGUCGGAUCUGGAAAGGCGCGUCGCCAUUUGGUGAUCUUCAACCCAAAAAACCGCGACUUGCUCGUUCACUUUGUGAUCAACGUCAAUAACACUGUGACAGCAGGGGCAGCUCCACUGGGCACUACGGAGACGGCCUCGGUAUCGGAUUCGAAGCUGUCUGUCAGCGACGGUCAUCAGCGCAUGAUGCGUACUUCGACAGGAGAUCUUUCUUCGCAAUUCAGCCGACGGGAUUCUGUAGCGUCGUCGGUAAGACCCAAGAUGCACUCGCAGUCGCAUUCUCACCUACAAGCGCUUUUGCUCUCACCAUCUCUACCACCAUCGCCUCGGCCUCAGCAGCACCAACAGCACCAGCAACAACAACAUCAACAGGAUGCACCACAGCCUGUGCGCCCCUCGUUCUCUGAGGCGUCCAGCAGAGUGUCGUCUAUGACCUCCAUUGCCCGUGCAGCAACAUUGGCAGUGAGCAAGGUGGCCAGCCGCCUUCAGUCGAGCCGCAGCCGUGAAGGUUCGACAGCGACGACCUUCAACCCUGUAAGCGGAACAACUUCUCGUCCUGAGAGCACCAUCGUCGAGGACGACUCGAUCUCGGCAGCAGGUUGGAGUUCUAUCAAAGCCACGCCUCCCGCAGUUGCAGAAGCAGGAGCCACUGCAUCGUCGUCGAUGUUGAGUCCUCCGCCCCCGGGUCGGUCCCGACGAACCAGCGGCGGUAGUGGCCUUGGAAGGGCGCCUGGAAAGGUGGAGGGUAACAGCAGGAGGAAGGGAAGUAGGAACGGUCGAUCGUCUGCUGGGUCUGACGCUGAUGACGGUGUCUACAGCAUUGAAGGUUCUUUGGAUUCGGACGAUGAUGAUGACUCGGAUGAGAGCGGUAGCCGAAGCGAUAGCAGAUCAGACGGCGAUUAUGCUGACGACGGCGAGAGCGAUGAUAGCGAGGAUGAGAACGGAGAUGGUAGCGGUGAGCAUGGUGAGGAUGAGACAUUGGGAGCGCAUGUCGGGGUUUACUCUGUCAGCCGAGAACCCAAGAGUGGCUACAACGCGAUUGAAUCUAAGCAUGUUGGAGACAUUAUCCGAACGCUGUCGUACUGGAUCUGGCGGGCCCAGAAGUAG